CCGCCAUCGCGACCUCGUUUUAGUUCUACAAAGCCUGAAUUGAAUGCCCAGAAGACCUCUUAUACCCCCAAUUACGCCUUUAUUACCGCCGUCAGCCUCGGUCUCGCUGGGACCCUGAUCUACAAAAUGGUACUUGAACUGCUAUUGCCAUUACCACAGCCACAGCCACAUCCGCAUCUGCAUCCACAUCCACUGCCAGCCAGUGCUGUCAUUGCCCCUCCUUCUUUUGAGCGUUUCCGUUGACGAGACAUGAUGCUGGAACAGGCUGUCCCAGAUCCUGUGUACUGCGAUAACCCAAAACUCGCCGAGCGCGAUCACCUAACCAAGCAACAAAUAGGCGUGACCGCCGAGGGCCCGAUGCGCCUGCGCAUGGAGAAGUUCAUCAAGGAGCAGCAACAGGAGAUCGUCCAGGCGCUCGAGAAGCUCGACGGCGGCAAGUUCCGCCGAGAUGAGUGGCAACGGGAGGAGGGCGGCGGCGGGAUCACUUGCGUCCUGCAAGACGGCAACGUCUUCGAGAAGGCCGGCGUCGGCGUCAGCGUGGUCUACGGCAGCCUCCCCAAGCCGGCGAUCGCGAAGAUGCGCGCCAACCACAAGACCCUCCACCUCGACGACAACAUCAACUCGCUCCCCUUCUUCGCCACCGGGCUGAGCAUGGUGUUGCAUCCCAAGAACCCCAUGGCCCCGACCGUGCACCUCAACUACCGGUACUUCGAGACGUCGCACCCGGACGGCACGCCGCAUGCCUGGUGGUUCGGCGGCGGCUGCGACCUGACCCCUUCGUACCUGCUCGAGGAGGACGCCGUGCAUUUCCACAAGACCAUCAAGGACGUGUGCGACGCCCACGACAAGACGUACUACCCGCGCUUCAAGAAGUGGUGCGACGAGUACUUUUACAACAAGCACCGGGGCGAGUGCCGCGGCGUCGGCGGCAUCUUCUUCGACGACCUCGACUACACCGAGAACGACCGGGAGAGCUCCUUCGCCUUCGUCCAGGACUGCCUCAGGGCCUUCCUCCCUUCCUACAUGCCCAUCAUCGAGAGGAGGAAGGACAUGCCCUUCACCGAGGCCGAGAAGGACUGGCAGCAGAUUCGGCGUGGAAAGUACGUCGAAUUCAACCUGGUCCACGACCGGGGUACCGCCUUCGGCCUGAACACACCGGGGUCCAGGGUUGAGAGUAUCUUGAUGAGUCUGCCGCUCACGGCGACUUGGAAGUACAUGCAUGAGCCGGAGCCCAACAGUCGGGAACAACAACUGAUAGAUGUACUGAGGGCACCCAAGGACUGGGUGUGAGUGUGAAGUGAGUGUAUGUGUGCGUAGCUCGUAGCUCGCACCUAUGUACUAUGUACGAUUUAGUAGAGCAUUAACCCAGCCUCACAUAACCUACUGCAUGGAAAAUGAAAAGCCAUCUAUCAACCUGGUUCAGUCGGGGCGGAUAUACGAUAUACGGGCAGAGAGGGUGCUUCGGAUAGACAUGGACAAUGGCUGCUGGUUCGGCGUCAUAUGUGUAACUACCGCACUGUCUCAUUUUGAUCGUGUUUACACUGUACAUAAACAGCCAACACGGCGUGGCUUUCCGACUUUCAGAACUCUGGGACUUCAUGUUGCUUCGACCUUCGGACUUGUGUACACGGACCAAAACGACAACAUUCUGAUGAUAUGGAUAAUUUAUG